AUGAGUUCCCCUACGAGUCUAGAGGAUUAUCAGCAAUCCAACCAUACUGUGGAAACGAGAGGCCAUAUUCACAGAAAUCAGCUAUCGCUAUAUGAUGAAGGGAUUGUCGAUAUAGAUAUGGAUUCGAGCAACAGCAGAAACAAUUCCAAUUCCAAUAACAACAACAACAACAACAACAACGGUAACGGCAACGGUAUCAGUAACGGUAACGGCAACGGCAACGGUAUCAGUAACGGUAACGGCAACGCCACCAGUUGUAAUGAGGAAAUUAGGCGCGAUAAUUCCAAUGGCAACAACAGCUCUGAAGAAAGCAACUAUUACGGAACAGAGAGAUUGGACAACGAUUUUAUGAUUGACAAUGAGUAUUAUGACUAUGAAGAGCUUAGAAAGGCUUUAGUGAUAAAACGCAGGUUGUCUAGUAUCAAGCGGCCUCAUGGGCCCUAUGUUGAUGAAAAGGAGAUGGUCAAUAAACGAGCUAUAUUAAGAUUACCCACUGAGGUGCUACUACAGAUAUUCCACUACUUGGAAAGAAAAGACUGGUAUUUAUUGGCGACAACUUGUAGAGAGAUUGCCGAUUUGAUCAUCGAGAUGCUAUGGUUUCGUCCCAAUAUGCAGAAUGACUCAGCUUUCAAAAAAAUUAGACAAGUGAUGGAGUACGAUAGGAGAAAAACCCAUUGGGACUAUCGACACUUUAUCAAGAGACUAAACUUGUCGUUUAUGACUAAACUAGUCGAUGAUAAAUUAUUGAAUCUAUUUAUAGGAUGUCCCAAAUUGGAAAGAUUGACAUUGGUCAACUGUGCAAAAUUAACAAGAACUCCAAUAACCAAUGUGUUACAGGGCUGCGAAAGAUUACAAUCGAUUGACUUGACCGGUGUUACGGAUAUCCACGAUGAUAUAAUAAAUGCAUUAGCUGAAAAUUGUCCGAGGUUGCAAGGUUUAUAUGCCCCAGGGUGCGGCAACGUUGGCGAAAAAACAAUUGUUAAAUUACUACGAAGUUGCCCAAUGUUAAAGAGGCUAAAGUUCAAUUCCAGCAACAAUAUUACUGAUGACAGUAUAUUGGCGAUGUACGAGAAUUGUAAAUCGUUGGUGGAGAUUGAUUUGCAUGGAUGUGAAAACGUGACUGACUUGCAUUUGAAGAGGAUCUUUUUGGAAUUGUCUCAAUUGAGGGAGUUCCGUAUAAGCAAUGCCCCGGGAAUAACUGAUAAAUUGUUUGAAUUGUUACCUGAAGGCUUUAUUUUGGAAAAGUUGAGGAUAAUCGAUAUUACAGGGUGUAAUGCAGUGACCGAUAAGCUAGUUGAGAAAUUAGUUGCUUGUGCACCAAGGUUGAGAAAUGUUGUUUUGAGUAAAUGCAUGCAAAUUACAGAUGCUAGUUUGAGGGCAUUAAGUCAAUUGGGAAGAAGCUUGCAUUAUAUACACUUGGGACACUGUGCCUUAAUCACAGAUUAUGGUGUUGCUGCAUUGGUGAGGUAUUGCCAUCGUAUUCAAUAUAUUGAUCUUGCAUGUUGCUCGCAGUUGACCGACUGGACAUUAGUCGAAUUGGCUAAUUUACCGAAAUUGAGAAGGAUUGGAUUGGUGAAAUGCUCAUUAAUUACGGAUUCGGGAAUCUUGGAAUUGGUGAGACGUCGUGGUGAACAAGACUGUUUGGAACGAGUACAUUUGUCAUACUGUACAAACUUGAAUAUCGGCCCAAUAUUUUUAUUGCUCAAAAGUUGUCCUAAAUUAACACAUUUAUCUCUUACUGGGAUUGCUGCAUUUUUAAGAAGGGAAAUAACUCAAUACUGCCGGGACCCACCUCCAGAUUUUAAUGAACAUCAAAAAUCCCUCUUUUGUGUGUUUAGUGGUCAUGGUGUUAAUCAGUUGCGAAACUAUUUAAAUCAGGUAAUGGAGGAAAGAAAUUAUCACUUGGAUCAAGGUGAUAUGCAUACUUUAUUUAAUGAGAGGAGACGUCGUUUUCUUAACGGCGAUUUAGAUGUUGAAGAUGACGAAUUGAAUCUAUGGGAAAGGAGAGGUAUGGCGGUUCCUCGCGAUAUCAAUAUGAAUCCAGAAUUGGCUGAAAUUAUAAUGCAACGAAGAGAAGGGAUUAAUCAGCAGCAGCAACAACAACAGCAACAACAACAACAACAACAACAACAACAACAACAACAACAACAACAACAACAACAACAACAACAACAGCAGCAGCAGCAGCAACAACAACAACCAUUACAGCUACAACAACAAUUACAACAACAACCAUUACAGCUACAACAACAAUUACAACAACAAUUACAACAACAGCUACAGCUACAACAGGCGCAACAACUACAACAGUCACCACAACCACCACACCGUUUACCAAUUCGUGUGUUCAGACCGAACGAGGGGCUUUUGCCACAACAAGGACAACUAUUGCAGCAACAGCAACAACCAUUACAGCUACAACAAACCAUGGUUGCGCCAAUGCCAGUUGACAGGAAUACAGAGGAUGAAGUAGAGGAUGUUGAAAUGGCACCUGCAGAUUUGUUUCCAAGAAUGUGA